AUGAAUAACGAGCAGCCUCGCCGUACCAGUUUCGGCAUGUUACUCCGACGCAGCAAAAGUGGUGAUCUAGGCAAAGGUGGUCGUAAGGCGCAGGCCCUUAGGGAGGCUGAGCUUGAACGACAGCGCCAGGCCUCGACGCGCAUUGCUCCUAAGCUGCCCGAAUUCGCCAAUCAUUCUGAACAACUAUCGAAAUCCUUUGGCCCCGAGUUGCGCCCCGAGUCACCAGCCAGCGUUCCUCGAUCAGCAGAUUACACUGCUAUUCGACCUUCGGCAGAAUAUCCUCGUGGAUAUGGCGCUGCUGCACAUGCUGCCGUCCCUGUUCCGCCGUUGCCCAACGGUGGUUUUGAUCCAUAUGCCAGAACAGAAAGCAUGACGAACCGUGGCCGCUACAGCUAUGCUAGUAGUGCUAUUAGCACGGUCAACAGUCCUCGUCGUGUUCGCAGACGAAAGGACCCGACGCCUUUGAACAUUCUCGUCAUUGGUACUCGUAACUCUGGAAAAACAUCCUUUCUCGAGUUUCUCAAAACAGCGCUCGCUCUUCCACCCAAGAAACGAGCCAAGAAGGGUGAUGACGAAGUGCCGCAGAAUCGCAACACCCCCUCUGGAAACUUCAUUCCACACUACCUUGAAACUGAAAUUGACGGGGAGCGUGUCGGUCUCACCAUCUGGGACUCAGAAGGCCUAGAGAAGAAUGUAGUCGACCUUCAACUUAGGGAAAUGUCCGCAUUUCUUGAAAGCAAGUUCGAGGAAACCUUUGCAGAGGAAAUGAAGGUUGUACGCUCCCCUGGUGUGCAAGACACCCACAUCCAUGCCACCUUCCUUGUCCUUGAUCCUUCUCGAUUGGAUCGCAACAUUGCAUCCGCGAGGAACCCAGCUAUCAAUGGUCAGCAAAACGGACACCUUGGUGCGCGUGUGUUAGGGAGUCUGGAUGAAGACCUUGAUUUGCAGGUUCUGCGUACGCUCCAGGGCAAGACUACUGUGAUUCCGGUCAUUGCCAAGGCCGAUACUAUUACCACCAAGCAUAUGAAUGUUCUCAAACGAAGCGUUUGGGACAGCAUCAAGAAAUCGGGCCUAGAUCCCUUGGAGGCACUUGGCCUUGAUGAUGAGGAUGAGAGUAGCAUUACUUCCGAAAGGAUUGCCGAAGAGGACGAAGAGGAAGAUGAGGCCGGACACGAACGCGGUGGUGCCCAAACCCCCGAGAGCCAGGAAUUCCCACUACAGGGUCAUCGAGAAAGCCCAGCCGCUUCUCCAAGCUCCAAGAGACUAUCCACCAGCUCCAUUCGACGACAUAAAGCACAAGAAGAGGCCAAAGAAAAGGAAGAUGAGAUCCCUUUCCUGCCACUUUCCAUCAUCAGUCCUGAUCUGUACGAGCCAGGUGUUAUUGGCCGACAGUUCCCGUGGGGUUUUGCUGAUCCUUACAAUGAUGAACAUUGUGACUUUCAACGUCUGAAAGAGGCUGUUUUCAGCGAAUGGCGUGCUGAGCUACGUGAAGCUAGUCGGGAACAGUGGUACGAGGGAUGGAGAACGAACCGACUCAAGCAGAGGGAUGUCCCCUACCGUCAUUGA